CGGGCUCAUGGACUGUAUGUGGAGCAGCUCCGGUGGAGCGGAGGCAGCGCGGCUCCGCGGGCUCCCCUGCACUUUCCCACAGCCGAGCCCCGACCGGCCGCCCAGGGCGAGCCACGCACACGCCCUCGCGCCCGGCGAGCCCGCGAGGUCACUAUCAUAUGACAAAGGCUUUGCCGCAGUUCAUCUUCCUCCCUGUGUACUUUCCAUUUGCCUUCCUGGAAUCCUGCUGCAUCACAGAAGCUGGAAAUUCUGAUGUUCCAUUAAAAUCACAAUGGAAAGUCUUGACUUGACCGGCACCCUCAGGAAGACCCCAAGCCUCUAGCGGUACCUGGUAUCAUCUCCAACAUGUUUAUAGAUGUGGAGGAUUCCCUGGGAUAUUGAGAAAUACCAGAGACGCAUUGUUCUACUGUAGUCACAGUAAUGAAAGGCAGUAAUAGAAAUAAAGAUCAUUCAACAGAAGGAGAAAGGGCUGGAAAGCGACCAAAACGAAAGUGUCUUCAGUGGCACCCACUGCUAGCAAAGAAACUGCUGGACUUUUCAGAAGAGGAGGAAGAGGAAGACGAAGAGGAAGAUAUUGAUAAGGUUCAACUUCUUGGGGCCGAUGGCCUAGAGCAAGAUGUUGGUGAGACUGAUGAUGAAUCACCAGAGCAACGAGCCCGGAGACCAAUGAAUGCAUUUCUCUUAUUUUGCAAACGUCAUCGCUCUCUUGUACGUCAGGAACACCCCAGGCUUGAUAACCGAGGUGCUACCAAGAUACUGGCUGAUUGGUGGGCUGUUCUAGAUCCAAAGGAAAAGCAGAAAUAUACAGACAUGGCCAAGGAGUAUAAAGAUGCAUUUAUGAAAGCAAAUCCUGGCUACAAAUGGUGUCCUACCACAAAUAAGCCUGUGAAAUCCCCAACACCCACUGUCAAUCCACGAAAGAAACUAUGGGCUUUCCCAUCUGACUCUUCAAGAGAUUUACCAAGCCCCAAGAAAGCAAAGACUGAAGAAAUGCCUCAGCUAAACUUUGGAAUGGCUGAUCCUACACAGAUGGGAGGCCUGAGCAUGCUGCUUCUAGCUGGAGAACAUGCUCUUGGAACACCAGAGAUAUCCUCUGGCACUUGUAGGCAGGAUGUUUCGGAAUCUCCUGAAUUACGUCAGAAGUCCCCAUUAUUUCAGUUUGCUGAGAUAUCUUCAAGUACAUCCCACCCUGAGACUCCUUCAAAACAGUGUCAAGCAUCAGCCUUGUUUCAGUUUGCAGAGAUUUCUUCAAACACUUCGCAGUUGGGUGGUGCUGAACCUGUGAAACGCUGUGGGAAGUCUGCACUCUUUCAACUGGCAGAGAUGUGUCUGGCAUCAGAGGGGGUUAAAAUGGAGGACUCAAAGCUAAUGAAGGCAAAAGAAUCAGAUGGUGGAAGAAUUAAAGAAUUGGAGAAGGGAAAGGAACAAAGAGAAAUAAAAAUGGAGAAAACAGAUGAAGCCAGGUUACAGAAGGCAGCAGAAUUUGAAAGACCAGCUAAGGAAAAUGUCAGAGAUUCUAAGGAACUAAGAAAUUUUGAGGAGCUGCGAAUGGAUGAUAUAAUGGAUAUAAAAAUGGAAGAUUCCAAAGAAAUUAAGAAGGAAGAACUAGAGGAAGAUCAAAAAUGUAGUCACUUCCCUGAUUUUUCCUAUUCUGCCAGUAGCAAGAUCAUAAUAAGUGAUGUUCCCAGUAGGAAGGAUCACAUGUGCCAUCCUCAUGGAAUUAUGAUCAUUGAAGAUCCCACAGCAUUAAACAAACCAGAGAAGCUAAAAAAGAAAAAGAAGAAAAGCAAAAUGGAUCGACAUGGAAAUGAUAAAUCCACACCCAAGAAGACUUGCAAAAAGAGGCAGUCUUCAGAGUCCGACAUUGAGAGUGUCAUGUACACCAUUGAAGCCGUUGCAAAGGGAGACUGGGGCAUUGAGAAACUUGGAGAAACCCCUCGCAAGAAGGUCCGCACAUCCUCAAGUGGCAAGGGAAGCAUUUUGGAUGCCAAGCCACCAAAGAAAAAAGUGAAAUCAAGAGAGAAGAAAAUGUCCAAGGAGAAAUCCUCAGACACCACCAAAGAGUCAAGACCUCCAGAUUUCAUUAAUAUUUCUGCCAGCAAGAACAUUUCUGGUGAGGUGCCAGAGGGUAUAAAAGCAGAACCAUUGACGCCCACAGAGGAGGCAUUACCACCCAGCCUAUCAGGACAGGCCAAGCCUGAGGAAAGUGACUGUCACAGAAAAAUAGAGACUUGUGGUUCCCGGAAAUCUGAGAGGUCUUGCAAAGGUGCUCUUUAUAAAACCCUGGUGUCUGAAGGCAUGCUCACCUCUCUGCGAGCUAAUGUUGACAGAGGGAAACGAAGCUCAGGAAAAGGAAACUCCUCUGACCAUGAAGGGUGUUGGAAUGAAGAAAGCUGGACGUUUAACCAGAGUGGGACCAGUGGGAGCAAGAAGUUCAAGAAGACAAAGCCAAAGGAAGAUUCUCUCCUUGGCUCAGCAAAGCUGGAUGAAGAAUUUGAAAAAAAAUUCAACAGCCUUCCUCAAUAUAGUCCUGUUACAUUUGACCGGAAAUGUGUAACUGUCCCAAGGAAAAAGAAGAAGACUGGAAACAUGUCCUCCGAACCGACUAAAACCAGCAAAGGUCCUUUCCAGUCUCAGAAAAAGAACUUAUUCCACAAAAUUGUCAGCAAAUAUAAGCACAAAAAGGAGAAGCCUAAUGUUCCGGAAAAAGGAAGUGGGGAUAAAUGGUCAAACAAGCAACUCUUCUUGGAUGCCAUUCACCCUACAGAAGCCAUAUUUUCAGAAGACAAAAACACCACAGAGCCUGCUCAUAAGGUUAAAAAUGCCCUAUCCAUUCCCAACACUCCAGAGCCAACAGCAACGCAAGAACCUUUGGUGGGCAGCCAAAAGAGAAAAGCAAGGAAAACCAAGAUCACCCACCUUGUCAGGACAGCAGAUGGCCGGGUAUCACCAGCAGGAGGUACUUUGGACGACAAACCAAAGGAACAACUGCAGAGGAGUCUCCCUAAAGUGAGCGAGACCGGCUGCAAUGACGAAUGCUCACACAACCCCGAGACCGCAGAGACUCGGAGCAGCACUCCGGAGAUGCCAGCCGUGUCUGCGUUCUUCAGCCUCGCCGCGCUGGCCGAAGUGGCCGCCAUGGAAAACGUGCACAGAGGUCAGAGGUCAACUCCGCUCACCCAUGACGGACAGCCAAAAGAAAUGCCACAGGCUCCUGUACUUAUAUCCUGCGCUGACCAGUGAAGCGCCCUUUAAUUGUAAAACAUUGUGCUUUACCUACUACCCUAGCCUUGUCUUUACCGAGGGAUGCUAGUGAGUCCAGAUGGUGGAAAAUAUAGACUGCAAACAAGUGCUUGUUGCCCUACACGGCCCAGAUUCACUUGAAGCAGAAGUUAGCAUCCUGGGCCAGUUUGUUCUUUUGGAACCCAGAGUCUUGGAGGGUGACGUUAUCUGUCUGAUAAUGAGCAGAAACAGAAUGAACCUGGAGCUUUGCUUUCUAUUGAAGGCUUUUGACGGUAAUAGGUGGUAACUUGGUAAAAGGCUGCCUUUACUGUAGCUCAUCCAGCAUCUCUUUUACCAACCAGAGAGUGUGAAACUAGUUUCGUAUAUUACCUAGUUAUUCUUUCAAAACAAAAACAAAAACAAAAAAAAAACAAAAACAAAAACUGACGCACUGCACUAGUUAUUAUUAGAUAUUCUUAGUCUUUUUUGUACAUGGAGAUUUAAGUUCUAAGAUGGUUUAUAUAAUAGGUUAUACCUACAUUUAUAUUGUAGAAUAAUAUUAAAAGGCCUGUUCCAGAGACUCCCAAGCAGCACGGGCAGGCAGAUGUACCAUUGUUAGCGGUGUAUGCUCGGCCUCGUGGUCCAUAUAUUCUGCACUUUUAUAUUUGCCACCAGAGUGGUAGUUUGCUGGCAAAGACAGAGAGAGAGAGAGAAAAUUAGUAUUCUUACAAGCUGAAUUUUUUUCUUAGCCUCAAGUGACCCAAGAAUUUGCUUGGGGCUAAUUGUGGCAAAUAUUUUCCCAGACAGGGGAAGAGUCCUGCAGAUUACAGAUUACUGAUGUUUUCAUGCCUUGAGGAUUCUUUUAUUUUUACACAGGGGUCUCAGUGACCAAUGGAUCGUUCAUACAAACAAAAAAAAAAGAAAAAUAUUAUUCAGAAGUGACCUUAGUAUUACUUCACUAUUCUGAACACAUUGAAGACACUCACUUCAUGUGGACUUUGAGCUACAGACCUUUUCCAUCCUUCCCGGACAGACUGGACGGGUAGCAACUGCUAUGCACAGCCUGAUUGGCACUGCAGGUUUUGAGAGCCAUUUUUGAGUUUGUGUUGUUAAGGAGGUAUUGAAUAAAUGCUGAGGGAGGUAUGCUUGACCAGGGUGGGAGUCUUAGUCAUAGAGCCACCUGCAAGUUUGUUUCCUUUUUGUGUUUUGUUGCUUUUGAACAUAAAACCAACCAUACGGAUGCCAGUGCCAAGUGGAUUACCUGGCUUAUUAGAACAUUCGACAUAUUGACUUAACCACCUGACAUUCACAGUGUCUUGUUUCCUAGCAACACAUGCAAAGUGAUAAAUCAAAAUUAGUCGGAGGCUACCGAUUUUACAGGGUAUUUGUUCCAUAGCACAAAGUGUAUCCCCACUCUUGCAUCGCAGCACAAACUACCAAAUUUUAAUUAUUGGAUUCCAGCAAUAAUUUUUAUUGGUUUUCAAACUGGCGGAAUUUUGAUAGCAUUAGUUCGAGUUUGAAGCUUUUGAAUUAGAUCUCUAAAUGGUGACAGUUUACAAGGUUUUAUCUAGCUUUCUUAUUUAUACUUGACUCAAUUGUAAUGAUGAUUUUUUUUUUUCUAAUCGUAAUUUGACCUAAUAGCCAUACAGAAAAUGACUCUAUUAGUACUGACUAGGUUUAGCUUUUCAUAGUUGUAGAUAUUACUUCAGUUUCGGUGCUGGAAAAUAUGUACAACAUACUAACAGAAUUGAAAAAGAAUAUAGGGAUUUGUUUGGUUUGUGUUUGGGUUUUUUUUUCCUUCAAAGCAGGUGAAGAGGGCAGCAGAGCAUUGGAAUGGUGUCCUCAAAAAUGGAUAAUCAUUGUGAGCAUGGAGGAAGAAGGAAUUAGUAAGCUAGGUUAGUCAGGUUAGAGCUUAACCCCAUUCACGUAGAAAUAAAUCAGGUGAGCAGCCCCAGAUUUUAGCAUAAUAUUUUUACUAUGAUGCUGUUUUAUUAAUAUUUUCUAAAUUUCAAAACACAAAGUGAAUGUUUGAAAAUUGCUGGGUCCCAUUGUUGGUGGCUGUUGGAGUUUUUGGACCACUUGCUAGCAGUGAUUUAAAAAUUAUAAUUAGCUAAAAAUCCAAAAAAAAAAAAAAAAAAAAAAGAAAGAAACCAACAACAAAAAUUGUUUGGUGCAGAACAUGCACCUUGACAAUGGUACUAACUUGUUAUUCUAUAGAACACGUUAGAAUAGAUCUAUUUUUGCCAGAGCACCCUCCUUCAGUCCUCCAAUUACAUUUCACUAGAUUUCCUUAAGAGAUUGCUGUAUAUUCAUGGGACCUUUUUUAAAAAGAAGCAAAACAAAAGAUUACUUUUUUCUAUGUGAUUAAUAUCUUACUUGAUCUGCUUUUCCUAAACCUCAGUGGCUUUUCCCUUAGGCAGGGGUGGGGUGGGAGGGCAAUCUACUGGAUAUGACUGUUUUCAGAUACUUUAAAAAAAAAAAAAAAAAAACCUUUUUGUAGAAAUGCUUAAUUUUUAAGCGGUUAGGCACUGAGAGUAGCAGAAAUCCUGCAAAGCUUUAUAGUCCUUUAGACACUCGCCUUGUUGUUUCUCUGAGUGAAGUCUUGAUUUCAAUAAUAGUGCUUUUCUCAUGCCCUGAAUCCGCUGGAGAAGGGUGUUGGUAUUUUCAGGUAACAACGUUUGUUAGCACAAAUAUUUCAGACCAACAUGUAGUACCCCCCUCCCAUCUAUCAUUUUCACUUCAUUUCUCUCAUUCUAUUUUGGAAAAUCGUAUUGCUAUGGUGUGUACCUUAAUCUGCCAGCAAACACCAUCGACACUAACAUUUGUCCCACAAGCAUCCUCAAAAAGUUGUUGCACCUUAUGUAUAUCUCAAGCAAACCAAAAUAUGAUGCUCUUCUGCUUUGUUUUAUUCUAAAUUGUUGUAUCAUAUCUUUCUGAAAAACCAUUCUGAAACUAGUUGAAAUUAUCAAUAUUUAUGCUUUUAACCUUAAUUUCUGGAUUCAAACCUGUAUAUAAAUCUUUUGAAAAAAAUUGUCCUAGCCCUUCUCUGUGAUGCCGAAGUGGAUGAUUUAGUCUCAGAUGGAGACGCAGUACUGUUCCAGUUUUCUUUAGCCUUUUAUUUAUUUAGUUAUUCUGGGUAUUUUCCUAUGUAAUUUUGAAGUGUGUAGAGUAUAUUAUAGUAACUGAAGCUGCAGCUCUAAAAAGCUGAGUGAAAGAAAAAAAUACUGUAAGACAUCCUUCUUAAGUUUUUAUUUGUUUGGAUAACUGUAAUGAGAUCAGGAAAAGGAAAAAUGUCCCACAGCCACACUGACGACACAGGUUCUUAUCCCCGGAUUAGGUUAGUUCCCAGAUUUUAGAUAAAAGUGUAAUGCAUCAAAGCCCUUUUAUGAAGAUAAAUCAUACUGUUGUAACUCUUGACAGUCUUCUUCCCCCACAAAUACCAGAACUACGUUCAUUUAAUUCUAUCAGAUGAGCUUUCUACCAAUGCCAUCUCGAAGCCAUGCUGAAAUCAUUCCCACAUUAUCACUCAUUCUAGUUUCUGCCAUUAAAACUGCUGGAGGAAAAAAAAAAAAAAAAAGUGGUGGAACACUCCGAAAGAAAA